UAAAGGGGUGGAAGGUUAGGACGAUUCUAAGGGCCCAGCCUGAUUUAGGGCCCAGAAGAGCAGACCCCCUUUUUAUUUUCCUAUUUCUUUUCUUUUUUAUACAUACAUUAAAUGUGCUAGGGGCCCUCGUGCACUAAAUGUGUAUUUUGUCCGUUUUGACGAUAGAUUUAAUAUUUAAAAAACAAAUAAUGUAUUUACUGUUUCAGUCACACCCCUCCCUGCUCCCUCACAAUGGUUCAUUCCACCUGCGCUGUCCGAGCUACGAUCAAUAGUGUAGCGUCUUUUGUUAAUUGGACUUGUUAUGAUGCAGCGCAGACAGUGACACACGCAGACAUGUCACAUCAAAAGUCAGGGCAUCAAAAACGUUAAGAAAAGAAGGAAAGAGAAGACAGAGAACGCCAAAGUCGACAGUAUGUCACACAGUUUUUCAAAAAGAAAGAAUCAGCGGCUGCUGCACACCCACGUCCUCCUUCCCCCACGUCCCACGUCCCCGUCUUAAUCAGCCGAACAAGAAUCGUUAGCGGGAGGAGUCCCAACAGUGGACCUGAGGGACGGACAGCAGUCCUUUGCGAGUUCGGCGGAGGAGCCCGAAGGUCUAAGGUCCGUCGGGGGGAUAUCGGGGGUGUCGUCCCCGAUUAAGAGAGCGACAUGCUCCCAUCUCAUAGGACCGCGGGCCGCGAGAGGAGAGCAUUUCAGUGGCGGACCGCGUCGCCGUGGACCACGUGCGUGAGGUUUGCAUGUUUCAGUCGCCUGCGCUUUAUGUGGUUCACUCUUAUGGUCCUGACACUCGUCUGUGUAGCGCUGCAGAUGUUGGGUGUGGUCCAACAGGCCAGGACCUCUAAGGUGUUGAAUUUUGUGAGUGAGCAGUUGGUCCGAAUGCCCACAGAGAUCCAGGGGCCCAUGAAGCGUAAAGGCUGGGAAGACCUUUGGUCGGUCUCAGCAACUGUUGUUGAAGAGCCAACAGACCAGCAUGCUUUGAUAGAGGAUCUUACCUCUUUUCAUAUCCCUGUAUCAGAGGACGAAAAGGGCCAUACAAGCAGAAAGCAGGACACGUCUUCUCCCGAGCGCCUCGAGGACACUACCAAUAACAAUGCAGAAGCAAACAAAUAUCCCCAAAUGACCAAAGCAUUAGUACAGAAUCAACUCUGGCUUCACCAAGAAGUACCUAAACAAAUUCCAAACCUCAAGCAGCUGAAACGACCAGCUAACCUUAACGGUACAGCUAAAAGACCUGGACCAACAGGAGCCGAGUGUCAACCCAAAAAACACAUUGUCUUUCUCAAGACGCACAAGACUGCCAGCAGCACCAUACUGAACAUUCUCUAUCGUUAUGGGGACAGUCACAAUUUGACAUUUGCUUUACCACUUAACAUGCAGAGUCAGUUAUUCUACCCAGCAUUCUUUGCAACACACUUUGUGGAGGGCGUAAGGACUCGCGCCUUGAAAGAAUUCCAUAUCCUGUGCAAUCAUAUGAGGUUCAAUUCACAAGAGGUGAGAAAGUUGAUGCCUGAGGACACUUUCUACUUCUCCAUUCUCCGGGAUCCUACUGCGAUGAUGGAAUCUCUCUUUGUUUACUACAAAAGUAUCCCAGCAUUCCGUUUGGUCAAAAGUUUAGAGGAGUUUCUGAACCAGGGUGUGCGCUACUUCAACGCCUCUGUGCCUAGCAACCAAUAUGCACGUAACAUUCUCACCUUUGAUUUUGGUCUUAACAACACGGCACCUGAAAAAGAAACUGAGCUGGACCGUCGUAGCGCCGAGGUCAUUGCUGCCGUGGAACGAGACUUUUCGCUCAUCCUCAUUUCGGAAUACUUUGAUGAAUCAAUGAUACUUCUCCAACAUGCCCUCUGCUGGACGCUGGAUGACAUUUUGUCUUUCCGCCUGAAUAGUCGCAGCAAACGCUCCCGACGCCCUUUGAAUCCAGAAACCGCAGAGCGUGUGAAACUGUGGAAUUCGCUAGACUGGAGAUUGUACCAGCACUUUAAUGCCACUUUUUGGAAACGCAUAGACUCUACACUUGGGAGGACGAAGCUACAACAGGAAGUGGAACUUUUGAGAGAAAGGAGAGGGAAGCUUGAGCAAACGUGUCUCAGAGAUGGAGGGGCGGUAGAUCCUGCACAGGUCCAGGAUUCGUCUCUGAAGCCGUUUCAGUAUGGCGCAGCGGUUAUUCAAGGAUAUAACCUUCGUCCAGGGCUGAGUAACGAAACCAGUCAGCUUUGUCAGAAGCUGAUCACUCCUGAACUACAAUACACAUCAGCGCUGUACACAAAACAGUUCCCUCAGCUAGCAGCUGCGCGUGUCGCCUUAGCCAAAAAGAUCGCAGGACUUAGAAACGCCGCUAGCACGCACAGAGCUGUUAAACGCAAUGUUGAUAAAUUAACUGAGAUGAAUGUUCAUGCUGCAUUUACAAACAAUACCUCACGUGUGAAAACACAUAUAGACGUAGGAGAUAAACACAGCAUUCACUUAACACCACAGAGUUCAAAUGUACACAGUGUUGCAAAACAGAAAAUAAGUCACGACAUUUUAGGGAAGUCGCAUAAACAAAUCACAGAAAACCCCUCAGACACAAGUGUACGUAAGGAAGCGAAAAAUACAGCUUUAUUAAGACCUUAAACAAAUCAGAACUCUGAACAGUCACAGAUGUGACUCCAAACUGUAGUGCUAUGAAGAACGCAUUAACAAUUUUAAGAUUAAAUUACAAUGCCUUAGGUCAAAAAUAAUAAUUGUCACAAAGCAACUUCACUAUUUUUUUCAUUUUAAAAGACAUUCAUUUACAUUUUGAUGCUUGAAAACCAAUGAUACCUAGUAUGUGAGUAAUUCAAACUGUACUGUGCUUGAUUUUUAUGUUUUGAAAGAUGAAAAUGUUUAUGUAACAACUCUUGGUCUUCUCUUCACACCAAUAGUUGAGUCAGGAGGUUGUGUAACAGGUCAAAGCAUGAAUGUAACCUACUGUUGUGUUCAAUAUUGUGUGGCACAAUUGACACUUGACAAUCAGCAUCCGCAUUAUAAUCUUAAUUUAUCAUCAUAGUAAUCAAUAUUGUCUAUGCUGGUUACAUCCCUCAAAUGUUAUGUAAUGGUUACAUUACUAUUGGCUAUGUGGAGAAUUAUUGAACUGAGGUUACAUGCACUUACUCAAGGGGUCAUAUGAUGCUGCAAAAACAAAUAUUAUCGUUUGUUUUAGAUGUAAUGCAAUGUGUAUACACCAUUUAAUGUAAAAAAACACUGUAUUUCCCACAUUGAAAUUUGUGUCUCCUCUUUGCCCCCUGAAACCCGCAGAUAUCAUUGAAAAGCGAGGUGUGCUAUGAUUGGGCAGUUAACCAGUGCGUAGCGAUUGGUCGAAUACUGCAAGCGUGUGACGGAAAUGUAACGCCUCUUACCAUCAAAUCAUACCACAAACUUACCUAGAUUUGUGGGCGUGUGGUUACACGAGGCGUUUCAGGCAGGUCUGGGUGAGCAUUCGCUUUUAGAUAGAAUGCAUCUUUUGUUUCGAUACUUAAAUUUUUACAAUUUUACGUGUCUAAUACAUGCAUGGGCAACUUAUAACACACCAAAGACAAAGAAAAACACGUAUCCGUGCCAUAUGACCACUUUAAGUUAUUGAUAUAGCAGUUGGUUACCUGGAAUGUUACUGAAAUAAGGUUUAUACUGUAGUUUAACAUGUCAAGAUUUCAGUAUGUUGUAUCAGAAUUACAUAACCCAUAACAACAACCUUCAACGUUUUACCUGGGAAAAAACACAUCAGAACAAUAAUAAUAUGGAUUGCCACCUCAGCAAAUGUAGGCCGAGCUGAACACAUCAAUUGAUCUCUCAGUUUAUUGUUAACAUUAACAUUUAUGCAUUCUGCAAACAAUUUUUUUUUAAACAACUCACAAACUGAUGGCAAAAUGUGCAUCUUGAAUGCACUGGGAAUCAAACACCUGACAUAAAAACAUUUCAUGUCUUAUGUCUCAGAUAUAUCAUGUAAACUGAAACCUUACUAAUGUAAAUAUGUCCUGAUGGGUCACAGAUUGUCAUUUACAUUCAUGUAGGUGAUAUAAUAUAUGUUUUUAAAAGAAUCCUGAUAUCUGAGAUCAGUUGACCACAUCGUGUACAGCUCGACAAAGAAAAUAAUAAGGCUUCUUUCCAGCUUGCCUGAAGAAUCAUGUGAACCGAAGUCUAAAGCUUUAAUGUUUCAUUGCAAUAUAAGUGUGUGACAACAGAUUUUAAAUAUUUAAGAAUCAUAUUCGCAACUGUUAAGGGUUUAUUAAUAAAGAGGAUUAUAUGAUCA